GAAGUGGGUGCGACUGGGGGGGGGGCAAUCAUGGAUGCCGUUCUUGAUAUGGCCUACACCAUCACGUACCUCGUGUUCAUCUUGCUUGCCAUCUAUGAGCUAGAGUUGGAGCAGGAAAUACGAGGGAAUUUCGGUGAUGAAGCGGCAGUGAAGUUUACUGCGGAAUUGGAUCCAGCUUUCGCCUUUCCUGCGGACUUCUUGGGCUAUUUUGCUGUCUACUAUUCGAUGGGUAGCUUCCAGCAGCUUGAAAGCUGUGGCCUCGCAGGUGUUCUCCGCCUUAAAGAUUUGAGUCUAAGCGACAAGAACAUCAGCAAUGUCACAGAGGGUGCCUUUGAGUCUUCGCGUCUCUUGCAGCGCUUGUCGCUUUCUGGGAAUCCCUUGCAUGUUUUGCCCAAGAAGAUCUUUUGGCCGCUCAAAGACUUGCAACUUUUGGACCUGGGUCGGAUGGGUUUGCAAAGUGUAGAGUCUGAGACUUUCGAAGGUUUGUCUGGAUUGAAAGUUCUUUCACUCAGUCAAAACAAGUUGCAGCAGCUCCCAAGUGACCUCCUUUACCCAAUGCCAGCCUUGGAGCAGCU